AUUUUAGAACAUCUUUGAUGUUUAGUUUUGCCGCUUUUUUCAUUAAUGAUAACAGCCAACCGAUAAGUUAAAACUUAAAAGCUUACAAUUUUACAUUAUUAUAGAAAUAUUUGUAUGAAUAAAAAGAUCGUGCUGUCAGCUGUCAUCUUAUCGAGUAGUUAGUAUAGAUACUUCUAUAAUUUUAUUUUAUUUAAAAAAAAAUAAUGUAUUGUGAUAAAGUUAUUGAAUUAUUGAAGGAGUUGGAACGUUCUCGUGAAGACACUAUACCACCAUACAAUAAUGAUGGAAUCAAUCAAGUGCUUUCUGAGAUGAAAACUUUAGAUGCAGAAAUUAUAGAUUUCUUGCGCACACAAAAAGAUAAUUUGCCAUUGGAUGCUAUUCGUUUACGCCGUGCAGCUAUAGAAAGAAAUAAAAGAUGUUUGUUGACAUACAUUUGGACUAGAAUACAACGAUUAAAAGAAAUGAGAUGGGAGAUAGGAGCUAUUUUACCAUCAGAUGUAAGACAAAAUCUUUCACAAUCAGAGAUAGAAUGGUUUAAUAACUAUUGUAAAACUUUAGUCUCGUAUAUGAAGACUAUAGGACCAGAUACUGGACUCAACUUAACUCAGGACACUAAACCUCCUAAAUCACUUUAUACUGAAGUAAGAAGUUUGGUGGAUGCUGGUAAAUUAGAAUUAGAAAGUGGAGAAGUUUUGAUUUUACGAAAAAAUAGUCAGUAUAUGUUAUCAAGAUCACAAGCUGAGCCACUUAUUCGUCAGGGUGUAUUGGAACAAGUCAGACAAUAAUUUAAUACACAACAUAUUGAAAUUAUAUACAUGUAUAUUAAUUAUCAUGGUAGUAAACAAUAAAUAUUAAUUAAAUCCAUCUUGUAAAUGUUAAUAAUAUUUCAGUAAAAAUGUAAAUUUUAAAAUAUAAACAAUUUUACUUAAAAUUAAUUUUAUAUUUUUUAUAUAUUCUACAUUAUACUUAUUAGUUAUUAUUAUUUUUGUAUCUAUUCUUAUAAAUUAUAAGUUAUAUUUAUAUUAAUUAACUGUUCACUUUUACUCCAUUGGUUUUUGGGCUUGUCCCGUAUUUAUGAACAAAAUAAAAUUAAACAACCACUAACCAUUAUAAUAUAGUAUUACAAAUAAUGAAUUCACACAUAAUAUACAUUAUAACAUAAAAUACAAUUUGUAUGAAAUAAUAAAAAAUAACCAACUAAUACUUAGAUGAUAUUUUUAACCUUUGUUCUAAUAAUCCAAAAGUAUUACUUGAAUUUGAAUACUUAAAAGAAUGCCUUGAUUUUAUUUUCUAUUAAUAAAAAUGUUAAAUUACAAAAAUAUUAUUAAUUUGCUAAUACAGUAUUUUAAAUUUUUAUUAUAAUUAAUCAGAAUUUAUGUCUGAAUAUUUUAAUUCUAACGAUUUAGUACCAAAUAAAAUAAUAAUUAAUUAGGAUUAACUAUCGUCUAUCCCAUGAUAUCUACUAUGUUUCAUGUCACUUGGCCUCUAAUCUGGAUUUAGUAGGAUUUAAUCCAAAAGUACAGAAUAUACCGAUAUUGUGGAGAUACCAGAUUUACGCCACAAAAAUCUUAAUGUUAAUAAUUAUUUUUAAGCAUAUAUAUUCAUUUUUAUAAUCAAGCAUUUUGACCCAAUGAAUAAAAUUUUAUUGACAUUUAUAGAAUAAAAAACUAAAAAAAAAAAUAAAAAUUUCAAUUGUCUGUAAAUUAAAGAUAUUCUGCAUUUAAAUCACAAAUAUAUAAUACUAUAACAUUAUGUAUUAGUAUAUUACCUACUAUACUAUACUAUACUAUACUAUAAUUUAAUUACUAGUAUACUAGUCAGGGAUGGAUCCAGCGGAGGGGGCUAGGGUUAUUAUAACAAAUAAACAAAAUCUAAACUUCUUUUCAUAUUGUCACUAAUGUAUAUAAAAUAGUCAAUUAUUUAUUUAUCACAUCUAUGUUCUAUACCUACUAUAAUGUCAACAUUGUUAAAUUAAGAAUAAAGUAUUAUAUUUUAUUAUAAUUGUAUGUGUUGUAAAAAAUUGUUGCCCCCCCCAAGAUCUUUGCUCUGGAUCACGAUUUAAGAUAUAUGUAUCUUAAAUCGAGCUCUGGAUCCGUACCUGAUACUAUUUUAUACACAGAUCACAGAAUACAUCUAUAUACUAACUUUACUAGAUAA